CAGAAAAUACCAUAAGAAAAUAUCGAGAUCAGAGACAGGGGGAUCAGUGCAGCGGGAUGGGGCGAUCGCCGGCCGGUGGGAAUCGGAUGGCGGUGGAGCUUCCUCUGAUAGUCUCCCUCAACUGCAUCGAGAACCCGUCCUUGGAGCGGGAGGCCCUCGCCGGCGCAGCAGCCGUCGAGCAUGUCGGCCUCCCUGACCUCUCCGGCGGUCGGAUCGAGUCCGCCUCAGCCGUCCUCAUCCACUCCCUCGCCCUUCUCCCUCGAUCCGCCCAGCGCCGCCUCCGCCCCUAUCAGCUCGUCCUGUGUCUCGGCUCCCAAGACCGCGCCGUCGACUCCGCCCUCGCCGCCGAACUCGGUCUCCGCCUCGUGCACGUCGAUGCCAACCGUGCGGAGGAGAUCGCCGACACCGUCAUGGCACUCUUCCUUGGCCUCGUACGCCGGACUCACCUGCUCUCCCGCCACUCCUCGUCUUUGUCCGUUUCCGGGUGGCUCGGAUCCAUCCAGCCGCUGUGCCGGGGGAUGCGCCGCUGCCGCGGCCUCGUUCUAGGCAUCGUCGGGCGGUCAGCCUCUGCCAGGUGUUUGGCCACUCGGAGCCUCGCGUUCAAGAUGAGCGUCCUCUUCUUCGAUCUCCAUCAUGAGGUGAAAGGGAAAUCUGUAAUUGCAUUUCCUCCUGCUGCUCGAAGAAUGGACACACUCAAUGAUUUGUUGGCAGCUAGUGACCUUGUUUCACUUCAUUGCUCGCUAUCAGAUGAUACAAUUCAUAUGCUAAAUGCUGAAUGCUUGCAGAAUAUAAAGCCAGGAGCAUUCAUAGUGAACACCAGUAGCAGCCAACUAAUAGAUGAUUGUGCACUAAAGCAGCUCUUGCUUGAUGGUACCAUAGCUGGCUGUGCAUUGGAUGGAGCUGAGGGGCCCCAAUGGAUGGAAGCAUGGGUAAGAGAAAUGCCAAAUGUAUUGAUUCUUCCUCGCAGCGCUGAUUACAGUGAAGAAGUUUGGAUGGAGAUAAGAGAGAAAGCAAUCACCAUAUUACAAUCUUUUCUCUUUGAUGGAGUUGUACCAGAAAUUGCUGUAUCUGAUGAAGAUGAAAUAAGUGAAAUAGGAUAUGAAGAAGAGCAGUCCAAGAAACAUGUAGAAGAAAGUCCUUUGCAGGUUCAGAAUCAAGAGCCACAGACAGAUGAGAGCCAUUUGAGUUCAGAGUAUGCUAAGACAAGAAGUCUCCAUAAAUUGAAUGAAGCCCAAGGUUCAGGUACAUCUCAUAAUUCUGGUCAUAGGCCAGAAGGAAAGCGUAGUAAAUCUGGCAGGAAAGGUAAGAAGAGGCCUGCUCACCGCAGAUCACAGCAGAAGUCAGAUGAAUUUUCAGCAGCGGAAAGUGAUAGUAAAUACAUCUCGCGUCGAGAUGAUGACACAGCUAUAAGCGGAAGAGAUCAAGUAUUAAGUUCCAGUUCUAGGUUUGCUUCUCCUGAGGAUCCUAAAAUCAAGCAAAUGUGUCUUUUUGAACCGGUAAUGGAAGCCAAGCCAGGGAAAAAAGUUGCAUUAAUAACCGAUCUUUGUGAUAAAUCAGCUAAUCAGCUGAAAGAGGGGUUUAUUGUGGCCUUGCAUGCAAGAGGUGAUUCAGGAUUUUUUGUGGCUAGACAAAGAAUUCCUGGUGGUGGCUGGUUCCUUGAUACAACUACUAGUGUCACAAAAAGGGACCCUGCAGCACAAUUUAUUGUUACGUUUGAAGGCAAGGAAGUACUUGGAUUGCGAUCUUUUGCUGCUGGUGGUAAACUCUUGCAGAUCAACAGAAAAAUGGAAUUUAUAUUUGCGAGCCAUAGUUUUGAAGAGAGGGAGAGUUGGACACUGGAAGGUUCAGUUCUUGACCAGUGCAAGCUUGUCAAUAAUACAAACCCAUUGGCUAUCUUGGACGUAAGCAUUGAGAUCCUUGCAACUCUAAACGAAGAUGGUGUUACUAGAUGUCUCGAUUGAAGUAUAUGCCUGCUGCCGUAUGCUUGACGUGAAUCUAUUCAUUCUUCUAUUUGGAUUGUUUAGUUUGUGUAUUCGGAUGCAAUUUUGAAUGCAUUUGCCCAUUAUGUGUUCUCAGUUUGUAGGGAUGCGUUCACAGCUAAAUAUUGUGUUAGAACAACAUCAAAAUAUUCACUGCUAAUCUUGCUUCUAAAUGUAUGUAUAUUUUCUCAA